UUCAGAUAAUCAUCCCAGCGCUAAAUAGAUACGUGAUAAAAACAACGCCAACUGGUUCAUCCCUUUUGAUUUAAAGGCUUUUAAGCGCCUGCCCUGCUGUGCUGCCUCCUUAACGGAAGGGGUCGCUGCUGCCCCUCCGCUCCCUCACCAGGCACCAUUCAUGAAUUAAACAACAUUAUUAUAGGGAGGGAGGGCAUAACUGGUUCAAGUCUGUCGCAUCUGAUUUUUCGCUCAGCGGACCGGAUGCGAGGGGCGAGGCAGCAGCCAGAUGUGUUCACCGCUGCAGGAGUGACUUCUCAUGGCUGAGCCCCCUGCUGAUAGUUUUGGUUUCAUGUCGAGCAGCAGGAGGAGGAGGAGGCAGCAACUCGCUCCAGCUCACAACUCAAACAUGCUCCUCGCACUUUCUCGAUAUUUACGCGCUUCCGUCCAGAUCGAGUCACUCUGGUUUAAAUAGCUCGUAGCUUCCGUCUCUAUUUUUUUUUUCUUUCUGACUGCUGAUAAAUGAAAAGGCAUCAGCGGAGCUGAGGCGCCGAUGGGGCAGUGAGUUAUGGCAGCAAAGGAGGAACUGUACGCAAAAGUGACACCGCGGAGGCAGCGCCAGAACCGACCCAACACCAUCAAAAAUGGCUCCACUCUGGACGUGCUGCUGUCCAUGGGCUUCCCCAGAACCAGGGCAUUGAAAGCUCUGGUUUCAACAGGAGGAAAAAACGUGCAGGCAGCGUGCGACUGGCUCUUCUCCCAUCUUGACGACCCCUUCCUGGACGACCCCUUGCCCAGAGAGUAUGUGUUGUACCUGCGGCCCAGCGGACCUCUGCUGCAGCAGCUCUCCCACUUUUGGAAGCAGUCCCGCCUCUCCUGCGGGAAGAACAAGGCCCACAACAUCUUCCCUCACAUCACCCUCUGCCAGUUCUUCAUGUGUGCUGAUGAGAAGGUGGAGGCUCUGACUGACGCCCUCCAGACCACUGUGGCCAAGUGGAAGGGUCGCAUCCCUAUGCCACUGCCCCUGGAGCUCUACGUCUCCUCAAGCUUCAUCGGCCUUUUCGUGGAGGAGCAGAUGGCCGAGGUUCUGAAGAGUUUUGCUGCAGACUUUGCAACAGAGGCAGCAGCUAAAGCAGAUGCCCACGUUGAGCCGCAUAAGAAGCAGCUUCAUGUCACCAUGGCAUACCACUUUCAUAGCAGCCACCUUCCAGUUCUGGAGAAAUUGUCCAAAGGCAUAGACGUGGCGGCAGGCUGCGAUUGGCUGGCCGUGCUCCUUUCCAGGGAUAUUCGCUUUGCUAACCACGAGACGCUUCAGGUCAUGUACCCGUACGUGCCUCAGAACGACGACGAGCUGGAGCUGCUGCAAGGGGACUUCAUCUUCAUGUCUCCAGUGGAGCAGAGCACUGCCAGUGAGGGCUGGGUGUUUGGGACCUCGCUGGGCACGGGGCUGUCCGGCCUGCUGCCUGAGAACUACAUCAGCCAUGCCGACGAGUCUGACACAUGGGUCGUUCAUGGCUCUCACUCCUUCCUCAACUGUUCCUCUCCAUCUACCUCUGGCCGGCCUGUGGGGGGGCUUUUAUUUGACGGACAGCUGAAUGACAGUCUGCUCGACACUCUUAUGGAUUCCUCCAGUUUCGCUGGACUCUGUCCUCCUUUACAGGUGUCGAGGCCUUCUGCUCAUUCCUCCUCGUCCAAGAUGAGGCUGUUUGUGUGUCGGCAUGGGGAGAGGAUGGACGUGGUGUUCGGCAAACACUGGGUCACCCAGUGCUUCGAUUCCAAAGGCGGAUACAUCCGUUCCAAUCUCAACAUGCCGUGCAGCCUGCCCACCAGGAGCGGAGUCCAUAGAGACUAUGAAAAAGAUUGUCCGAUUACUGUGUUUGGCUCCACCCAGGCCCGUCUAGUCGGUGAAGCUUUGUUAGAAAGCAACACAGCGAUAGACUUUGUUUACUGCUCUCCUUCUCUUCGCUGCAUCCAGACGGCCCAGAACAUCCUCCUAGGUCUGCAGCAGGAGGCCAAGACGAAAAUCCGCGUGGAGCCCGGUUUGUUUGAAUGGACCAAAUGGGUUCCGGGAACUUGCCUCCCCGCCUGGAUCCCACCGGUUGAUCUGGGUGCCGCUAACCUGAGUGUUGACACAACGUACAGACCUCAUAUUCCUGUAAGCAAACUGACAGUGUCGGAGUCCUACGAUACGUACAUCAGCAGGAGCUUCCAAGUGACCCGAGAAAUCCUGGCAGAGUGCAAAAGUCUUGGAAACACAGUCCUUAUUGUGGCCCAUGCUUCCUCCCUGGAGGCCUGCACCCGCCAAUUACAGGGCCUCAGCCCCCAAAACUCCAAGGACUUUAUCCAAGUUGUCCGAAAGAUUCCUUACUUGGGUUUUUGUGCUUGUGAAGAAAUGGGAGAGACAGGCGUGUGGCAGCUGGUCGACCCACCCAUCUUGCCUCUGACACAUGGACCCAACCACAGUUUCAACUGGAGGGAAAUGCUAAUGCAGGACUGAAGGAUGUGCUGUUCCGCUCCCUAUCUUUUGUCAGCCUGAACUGCUGAAACAUUAUUUAUUUUCUUUCCUUUUUUUUUUUUUACGUUUGUAGACUUCCAUCCAAACUACCGAAAGGACAAAGAAAAACACAACGUGGCUUCCAACGAAAGACAUUAUGCAAAAAAAAAAAAAAAAAAAAAAACUAACAAAGAAAAGUAAAAUAAGCAGAUAAAUUGCAGCUGUCGUAUUUAGACAUGAUGCUCAGGAAAGUAAAAGCAGCCGUCAGGUUGGAUGGUAUUUCGCUGACUCUCAAUGUGGGCGCUUGGUUAUCGAGGAUAUGGAGGUGCUAGUGAAGAAAACUGGGCGAUGCUUGAACGAUGAAAUAAGAUUUUAAUUCGAAGCUCUGCGGCCCCCCUCCUCUGUUAGAGGGGAAGUGGGUGGUGAAGACUUCGUGCUGUGCUGCCUUUUCACACACUGUGACAUGCAUUAGCCCAGACACACUUGCUCCACUGAUAUUUUUCCAUACGUUGUAGCGACAUCCUUGUUGUAAAGAAGCACAUUGGAAAAAGGAGCGACAAUCAGACAGGGGAGCACUUCUCUUAGAUCUUUAUGGUUAGCUAAUGUCAGUUUUUAAAAUUCCUUUUAUUUCUCUUCUGGUCCUGAAAGUUUCAUAUCAUUUCCUUCCUCCGUCACACCUAGGAGUAACGGUGUAAAGCCACUGCCAACAUAACUUAUCUAGAGACAGCUGAGUUGAUGCUACAAAUAAAAUCUUAUUAUUUUAAUCCACAGCAAUAACUGUAUGGUUGCUGAUAUGCAGGUGCCUCUACUAAAGCUACUGCUAAUUUGUCAUGAUCAUCCCAUAAAAUCUGUACGGCUCGUUGAUGCUUUUCAAAUACUUGGUGCACUUCUUUUUAUUUUUAUUCAAAUAAUCACUGCUUAUGCCCAUUUUUUGCUGUAUAAUUUGAAAUCUGUUCAUAUUCUACAAAUAAAUAAAAUACAGUUCUGGA